AUGGCUGCGACUCUGCCGCUGCCAUCCCUUAUGCUAGGUACGGUAGUUUUCCACAUUGAGUCUGCUUGCAACUUUUGGACGCAGCCAGCAAUGGCAGCAUUGGCAAUUCCAAACUUGACAGGAGGGCAGUGAAAAGUGGGCAAGGGCGCAAAGCAGGAGGGUUAGGGCCACUUACGGUAUCCUGGACCUGCAAGGAUGGCCUUUGAGGUUUGCUCACAAGCAUCAUUAGUUCGGGAAUGUUCGUUUGGCCGCACGCUCGCGCUUGGUAGUCAAGAUGGUCGGAAUGCCCGUCAUAUGCUUGAAGGUGCUGCAAGUCUCUUUGCAGUUCGGAUAGGUGGAGCUCAAACACAGAUAAGACCUGGGCUAUUUGUUCUCGCAGCGGCAGGCCCUGGUGAUGGAAAAGGUACAGAAAAGGCGUCAGCUGCAGACUGGCCUAGAAAAAUACAACCUCGAUACUGGAAAGACAUGCCGGAACCUCGGGAGUUUUGUGAAGGAAAGGGUUUUACCACUCCGGGAAGUGCGCAGCGGCUGGACAAGCGGACCGUGGUUAAGAAGAAGCUUGCCAAGUAUGCACAGUUCAUUGGGGGAGGGAAAAGUAUUACGACUGACCCAAAGCUUGUCAGAAUGCUGAACUAUCGGUUGACGUCGGGCGAGCACAAAGGGAAAAUGCUGCGGGAGGUCAGUAAAAAGUAUCUUGAGUGGUUGGCAACGAGCGCUGCGCCGAUAAAGCCCCUGCAGAAGGGGGAGCUGAACAAAGUGGUGCUCCGCAGCAAGGAAGAGACACUUGACGUGGGUGAGAUGGCAGCUAUCGUGCUGCAGUUGCCGGAGAUUAAGAACAAUGUGAGGCAGGUCGAUGUUGACGAUAUGCAGGAAGCUGCAAUGCAAGGCAAGGGUAAAGGCGCGGAGUCAGGCCAGGACGUCUACAGGACCGCUCUGUUCAAGCUGAAGAGCAUGGACAUUCAGCUUGAGCUGGACAAGAAGGAAAAGGAGGAGAAGAAGGAGGCGGCGCGCUGGGCGGUCAAAGCUGGGGUGAUUAAGGAUCCCUCUGAGGCCAGGCGCGCAAGGAGGAGGGUCAAGCAAUGGGACGAGGCGGAAGAGCAGAAGAAGAGCAGUCUAGCGAAGACUUUUGAGGAGCGGAGGCUGCAGGAAACAGAAUUGGAGGCGGAAGAAGCCUUGAAAAGUAGCUAUGGUGUUGCGGCCAGUCAGCGGUCGGAUCGCGCGUUGCCACCAGGGCAGCUUCUGGAGUUCAAGGGGCGUGGGGAAAUGCUUGGUGUAGCACAGCAGGCCCUUAUGAAGGCCAAGCUGCACUCAAGCAAGCCAAAGGACGCUGACCUUGACCCGGGCCGAUUGUUUGAAGAGAGCCAGCCCUCUGCAAAGCCCACAGCUAGACGCGGAAGGCCUAAGAGGGACACGGGAGGGAGCUCUUCGGGGGUGGAUUGGAGAACAGUUUCCAAGAAGCCCUAAGCCCUUGAGUUUGGACUCGGUGUGCACGCAGGAAGAGUUAGCGAUGUGAUCAGGAAGCGUCGAGUGUUUCUGGUAGGUUGUCUGAUCAUGACAAGUGACCAGUAGGCUGGGACAUGCGUUGUUCUGCUCCCUGCAAUUUGUAUACUAUUCUGUGACUAGUACCAAAGAUAGUCCUUCCUUUGUGUACAUGAUCAGAUCAACGUUAACUGGUU